UGAAAACGCAGCUCUCUCCCUCUCUCUUUCACCAUCUCUAGUUUUAAUUAUCAUAUAAUCUUGACAUGACCUCAAUUAUAACCGGAGCUGCUCAAGCUGCUCAUUCAGCUGCUGCCUCGCUGCUCAGCACUGUUCAAAUCGAAGUAGGGGACCCCAUACCAGCAAAGAUAGUCAAAGAAGAGGAUCCCGAACGUUCCUUUGCACUUGAUCUCAAGGGGAAAAACAUCAUUGUGGGUGUGCCUGGGGCAUUUACUCCCCCUUGCAGCUCUCAAGUUCCAAAAUAUAUCGAGCUUUACGAUAAAUUCAAAGCAAAGGGCGUUCAAAACAUCUAUGUUGUGGCCAUAAAUGAUGCUUUCGUAACGAAGGCUUGGAAAGAACAACUUGCCCCACAAGGAACUGGUGUCCGAUUUAUUGCCGACGAUAAAGGUUCAUUCACAGGAAGCCUUGGUUUGAUCUUUGAUGCAUCCCCUCUUCUCGGUGCUCCACGAUCCAAGCGAUAUGUCAUUGUAGCGCAAGAUGAAAGAGUUGACUUCCUUGCCGUGGAGGAGGAGCCGAGCUCUGUCAAAAACACUGCAGCCGAGAUCGUUCUCUCACAGCUCUGAUAGAGAAAUAUGGUAAUCCUGCCGAGCAUGAUCUGCCCUGCCGCCUGGGCUGUGCUGUACGAUAUGAAGAAGGAUUGUUUGUAGUUUAUGUCAAUCGUGGUCGACUGGUGGACUCAUGCAUGCAUUAUACGUGUAAAUAGUAAAUAUACUCUGUUUUUUUUUUUUU